CAAUUUUUCAGCCAUCUCUCACGCUGCCGUCUCUGGUCUCUGUCACGCAGACUUGCAGCCAUCUCUCCAGUCGGCAGUCGCCCAUUUCGCCAUUUCUCCUUCACGCAGCCAUCCUGCACGCCGACGCCCAGCCAUUUCUCCCAAUCACAAAAGUUCGAGUUCUCUUGCUGCCAUCUCUGAUCUCUCUCACGCAGCCACCUCUUCAGGUGGUAACCCCAAAACCAGAACCCUCACGCCGAAUCUAAAACCUGUAAAACCCAAUAUUUGACACCAAACCAAAAUUUACGGCAGUGAGUUCUAAGGUUUUGUUUCGAGAAAUGGCGCCCAACAGAACCAACAAGAGCUUGCCUAAAUUCUUCAAGUUCUUCAACCCAAGGCUCGGCUCUGCCAGUUCGGAAAUCCCGGAUGCUUGGGUACAACACUUGAAUGCAUUACCAAAGAAUGUGGUACUUCAGAAUCGAAUCGGAAAAGUGUGGCGUAUGAAAAUGGAAUAUGCUGACAAUAGGGUAUAUUUUGCAAAUGGUUGGCAACAGUUUGUAAAAGACAAUUCUUUAGUGUUUGGAGAUUGUUUAGUUUUUCAAUACAAUGGUGACAAUGGAUUUAAUGUUAAAAUAUUGGGGAAAUCUGGCUGUGAGAGGAAUGAAACUGGUCCUCAUGUGGGCAUUGAUAUAGAGGAGGAGGAAGAAGAGGAGGAGCACAAAAUUGCUGAUGCAGGUACUGAUUUUGAUGAUGGUCACGGUAGUGACAGUGAAUAUAAUGUUGAAGAAGAGGAGGAGGAGGAGGAAAUGGAAGAAGAAGCACCAGAAGGAACAGCUACAUUGAAGCAGAGAGGCAAAAGGAUUUGUGAAAAUGAUGGAGAAGGAUCCAAGAAAAGUGCCGGUGUUAGGGCAAGAACUUCUCGAGAACUUGACAAUGUUUUGACCAGAGAUGAAGUGAGAAAAUAUGUUCAUCGUCAAAAUCCCUACUUUGUGUCAAAGCAAAAACAAACUAGGAAAAGCCUACUGUUGGUUCCAUCUUAUGUCUUGAGAGAUUUUAGAAUUAAAUUAGCUGAAGAUGUAACCUUUCAUGAUGAGCUGGAGAGGGAAUGGUCUGGAAAGGUUUUUCGCUGGAAGGAUGGUCGAACCUUGAUUACAGGAUGGGGCUCAGUCUGCCGGUGGAACCAUGUGGAAAAAGACGAUCUUUGCAUAUGUGAAUUUCCGGAAGCAGGUGGGACAAAGAAUAAAAUUUUGGUGCAUAUUAAACGAAGUGAUGGUUCACAGAGCCAACCCACUAACCAAGAACCAAAUCAGGCUGACCAGUGAAGUAGGGGGCUACAGUUUUGUUUAAGUUUCCACAUCAAACUCUGCUAAUGUUUUAUAUAAAUUUUAUGCUUUCAAGAACAAGAUGUGUUAUGAAAUGAUGAACAAUAUUUAGAAUUUUUCUGUAGGUCACUGUUGUCAAGGGUUGGGUUGGGUACAAAUUAGUUUGAAAUAGGAUCUUGUCGAAUUGCAGUAUUAUGGAGUUUCUGCAACUAUUUACUUUGUUAUACAAGAAGCUUAUGACUUCCCUCAUAUUGAUGAUUUGCCCUUUCAGGUUUUAUUUCAUUCAAAUAGACCAAUUUCUAGGCUUUUGGGUUCUGAGCCCCGUUUUCCAGAACAGUUAUUUCUGUGCUUGUAAUAAAUAUCAUUUUUCUUUUCUA